AUGCAGGUUCCAAGGCAGCCUGCUUCGGUGCAGAAGAUUCCAGCGCAGCAGCAUCCGGUACAGUCCACUCCGUGGCAACCUUAUCAGGUACAACGAUCUCCAGUGCAGUAUCCACAUGUGCAGCAACCACCAGCGCAGUAUCCACAGGUGCAGUGUCAUCCGAUGAUGCAGUAUUCAGUUCAGGAUUUACCUAUGCGACAAUCCCAUAUACAGCAACCUCCGAUGCAGCAGCAUCCACUGUACUAUCUUCCUAUACAGCCACCCCCAGCGCAGUACCCGCAAACGCAGCAGUCGACGAUCCAGCCUGAAGCACAAUUUGCACCGAUGCAGCAGUCAACGUAUCAGUCUCCUUUACAGCCGCUUCAAGCGCAAACUCCACCCACGCAGCAGUUUCUGAUGCAGCAGCCUUCAACUAAUAAUCCUCCGAGCUCUUGGGAAGAACCACCACCAGAUUGGAACCAGGAGGAGGGAGAGUCGAUACCUACUCCACGACAACUUACAUCACGUCAAUCUUUGGCGCGCGAUCUUCCGACGUUCUCAGGCGAUCCAGCCGAAUGGCCGAUAUUUAUCUCCAAUUUUGAGUAUACGACGACGACAUGCGGUUACACUCAGGGGGAGAACAUGGUUCGGCUCCAAAGAUGCCUGAGAGGCCGUGCACUGGAGAGCGUUCGAAGUCGUCUUGUAUUUCCGGCAGCAGUACCGCAGGUGAUAGAGACUCUACGCAUGAGAUAUGGGCGACCAGAGUUGCUUAUCAACGCUUUGCUGCAGAAAGUUAGAGCUAUGCCCGCCCCUCGAGGAGAUAAGCUUGAGGCUCUUAUCGAAUACGGGAUGGUCGUUCAAGAGCUGUGCGAUCAUAUUGAAGCAGCUAACGAGAGAGCGCAUUUGGCGAAUCUUACCCUACUACAGGAACUCGUCGGAAAGUUGCCUGCGGAUCAGAAAUUGAUGUGGGCCGGCUACAAGCGAGGACGUGCUGUAGUUGAUUUGAAAACCUUCAGUGACUAUAUGACUGGGGUGAUGCAAGACGCUUCAAGCGUAGUGCUGUAUGAAUCGGACCCACGAAAGAACACCGCAAGAGAGAAAUCGAAAGUGUACGUCAAUUCACAUAAGGCCGACGAGACAGCCACUACAACGACAACCCAGCUUAAGACCAGUAGGUGUUUACAUUGCGAGAAAGAAGGUCACAAGCUUCGCGAGUGCCAAGCGUUUAGAGCGCUCUCAAUCGAUGAUCGAUGGCGACGGGUUAGGGCACUAACCUUGUGUCAAAUUUGUCUGUAUGGACACGGCAGAAGAGCAUGCCGUAUUAGCAGCAAGUGCAACGUAAACGGUUGUCAGUUCAAACACCAUCCAUUGCUGCACGGGAAAGCAACGACACCAGUAACGCAAUUAGCGAAUAUCAAUACCCAUCGGCCCCAGGAUUCCGAUGUUUUGUUCCGGAUCUUACCCGUGACGUUGUACGGGAAGUCGGGCCAGGUCAACACCUUUGCUUUUUUGGACGAGGGGUCAUCAUUAACCCUGGUCGAGGGCGGUCUGGUAGCGCAGCUUGGCAUAGCAGGAGACUCGCAACCACUUUGUCUGAGGUGGACCGGAAAUACGUCGAGAGUAGAGAAGAAUUCAAAGACGGUGACGAUUACUGUUUCGGGAUUGGAACCACAGCGUCGUUACCAAUUAGUGAAUGCCCGUACGGUACAGAAUUUGGACUUACCGAUGCAAUCCUUCGAUGUAGAGAGGGCAACAAAGAGGUUUGCUCACCUGAGGCAGUUGCCGAUUCAAAGCUACCAUAACGCUAGACCAGCAAUUCUGAUCGGGUUAGACAACCUGAAGCUGGCAGUGCCGUUGAAGACGAGAGAGGGAGAUGGAUCCGGACCGAUCGCUGCCAAAACGCGAUUAGGAUGGUGUGUCUACGGACGUCAAGGUUCACAGGUCAACGAAGGAUUCAGCUUCCAUAUCUGCGGCUGCAACAGGGACGACGAGCUACACGAAGCUGUUAAACAGUUCUUUGCUGUGGAGGAGAGUGGAGUAAGGCAGCUUGGGGACUGUCUCAGCGCGGAAGAACAGCGAGCUCAAGAAAUGCUGGAAAAAACGACGAAGCGUAUCGGCCGACACUACGAAACAGGUUUACUGUGGACGGAAGAAGAAAUAGAGUUACCUGACAGCUACGGUAUGGCAUUGCAAAGGCAUCAGUGUCUACAACGAAGGAUGGACCGCAACCCAGCUCUACGUGAGAAUAUCAGUCGUCAAAUAAAAGAGUACGUAGAAAAGGGUUAUGCACAUAGAGCGACGCCGGCCGAAUUGGAGAAUGCGAACCCCAGGAAAGCUUGGUUUUUACCAUUGGGAGCAGUUACGAACCCAAACAAACCUGGAAAGGUGCGACUCAUCUGGGAUGCAGCGGCGAAGGCCUCCGGUGUAUCACUGAACAGUGUACUGCUGAAAGGACCGGACCAGCUUACCCUCUUACCCGCUGUACUUUUCCGCUUUCGUCUGUACUAUAUUGCUGUUAGUGCAGACAUAGAACAAAUGUUCCACCAAUUGGGUAUAAUACAGGAUGACAAAAACUCAUUACGCUUUCUGUGGAGCGAUACUGCGGAUGGGCCGGUCCAAAUCUACCUGAUGGACGUUGCGACGUUCGGUGCUACGUGCUCACCUGCUUCGGCGCAGUACGUCAAAAACGUGAAUGCCCAGGAACACAUCAUGCGAUACCCAAGAGCUGUCGAAGGAAUUUUAAAGAGCCACUAUGUCGACGAUUACCUCGACAGUUUCGGCACCGAAACGCAAGCGGUGAAGGUUUCGGCAGAAGUACGGCUAAUUCAUCACAACGGAGGAUUCCAUCUACGAAACUGGAGAUCAAACAGUGAAAGGGUCCUAACGGAACUCGGAGAACCAGCGGUAAUAGACAGCAAGAACCUUAACCUAGAUUGCGGCGAACAAGUGGAUCGCGUGCUUGGAAUGCUGUGGACCUCAAGCUCUGACGAAUUGAGCUUCUCCACCCGUAUGAGCGAUGAAGUUACGAACCUUCUGCACCAUGACACCCGGCCGACGAAACGUCAGGUACUACGGUGCGUAAUGUCGUUGUUCGAUCCCCUGGGAUUACUUGCGCCGUUUAUAAUCCAUGGAAAGGUGCUUAUCCAAGAAUUGUGGCGAGCUGGAACGCAGUGGGAUGAAACAGUAAGCGAUGAAGUGUUCGAAAACUGGAACCGCUGGACAAGGAUGAUAGAGUUCAUUUCAACAUUGAGAAUACCCAGAUGUUAUUUUCCCCGAGCCACAGAAGACACGUAUGAGGAUGCUCAGCUUCACGUAUUUGUCGAUGCAAGUGAGAUUGCUUAUUCGUGUGCAGCUUAUAUCCGAACGACCGUAGGCGACUGUGUGUUAGUUUCCGGAAAAUCCAAGGUAGCUCCUCUAAAACCGAUGUCCAUCCCGAGGCUCGAGCUGCAAGCAUGCGUCCUUGGGGCGCGUCUUCUUAAAUUCGUGCAAGACAAUCAUCCGGUUGUGUUCUCCAAGAGAUUCCUUUGGACAGACUCUUCGACAGCAAGAUCUUGGAUACGGUCGGACCCGCGACGCUACAAACUCUUCGUAGCUCAUCGGGUAGGCGAGAUAUUGGAGAUCACGGAUGUCAGUGAAUGGCGGUGGGUACCGUCCAAACUUAACCCUGCAGAUGAAGCUACCAAGUGGGGCCGAGGACCUUAUUUCCACUCAGAUAGCCAAUGGUUUAACGGGCCGGAUUUCCUGCGACUUCCCGAGGAGAAAUGGCCGCAAAUGACUGGAACGGUGGAGGUGACAACCGAAGAUGCUAGACCUUCGGUGUUGUUUCAUUUCGCGAUGGAACCAGUGCUGGAUUUCGAACGAUUUUCGACCUGGAAGAGGAUGUUACGCACUACGGCUUACGUUCUACGUUUCUUCUUCAACAUCUCUAAACCGGAACAGAAGCGGUGCGGAUCCCUUACACAAGCUGAACUGCUCGACGCUGAACGGACGAUAAUGAAGCUGGUCCAACGAGAAAGCUAUCCAGACGAAACGGCGGUUCUUGAACAGGGAGAUUCUCAACAAAAAGGUCAUGGGUCCAUUGAUCGAAACAGCAAGCUGUACCAAUUAAUGCCCGCAGUAGAUGAAAAUGGUUUGCUGAGGCAACAAAGUCGUGUAGCUGCGGCAAAAGAAUUGGAAUUCGAUGCCCGGUUUCCAUUCAUCCUGCCACCAAAGCACCGAGCAGUGAGACUUCUGGUGGAAGAUUAUCAUCGUCGCUAUCGACAUGCGAACAACGAAACCGUCGUUAACGAAAUGCGCCAGCGCUUUACCAUCUCGAGUCUACGUCAGCUUGUUAAGUCAGUGGUCUAUAAGUGUCAGCUGUGCAAGAUCCGCAAGGCACGUCCCAGCAAUCCACCGAUGGCGGCACUUCCUCCAGCCCGCCUAGCGAUGCAUUACCGUCCGUUCACCUACGUAGGCCUGGAUUAUUUUGGCCCGUUCCUGACGAAAGUUGGAAGAUCGAACGUGAAGAGAUGGAUCGCCCUCUUUACGUGUCUCACCGUUCGGGCUGUUCAUCUUGAAGUUGCCUAUAGUCUGUCAACGGCUUCCUGUAUCUCCUGCGUACGACGAUUCGUCGGUCGUCGAGGGUCGCCAAUGGAAAUUUUUAGCGACAACGGUACGAACUUCCAAGGUGCGGAACGUAUACUUCGUGAGCAGAUCGACAAAGAGUUGUCUGUGACAUUCACCAGCACAACGACGAAGUGGAGUUUCAUACCUCCCGGGGCUCCACACAUGGGGGGCGCUUGGGAAAGGUUGGUACGGUCUGUCAAGUCGGCUAUGAAGGAUGCAUACAUGGAGGGGAAAUUAAACGAUGAAGAACUUUUAACGCUGGUUGUAGAAGCGGAGAGAACGGUUAAUUCGAGGCCUCUGACAUACUUACCCCUUGACUCCGAGGAGUCAGAAGCUUUAACACCCAAUCACUUCCUUUUGGGAAAUUCUAGUGGAGCGAAGCAGACUGGUGUGGGGAUUAGCGAAUCCCAAAAUAAUUUGCGGGAAACCUGGGGUGGAAUUCAACGGCAACUGGACAAGUUCUGGCAGCGUUUUCUGAUCGAAUAUCUACCGGUCAUCCGUAGGCAACCAAAAUGGUUCGCCGAAACCAAACCUUUGCAGGUCGGCGAUCUAGUGCUGGUUGCAGACGGAGGAAAGCGCAACGAAUGGGCCCGAGGCAAAGUGACCCAGGUCUUCCAAGGCUGUGACGGCAAGAUUCGGCAAGCCUUAGUGCGAACGCAACAGGGAAUCUUCAGGCGGCCGACAUCAAAACUCGCCGUGCUCGACGUGGAUGCUCGUGCUGUCCCAGGAGACGGUGGGAAGCACCGGGGGGAGGAUGUUGACAACGGUACCGUCGAGCUGGCCACCCUGUCUCUACCGGUUCCACCGCUUGAACGAUAA